GGUCAGAGCUGCCCCGCCAUGUGACGUAAAACGAGGGGCUGCAACUCCAGUGGACAUGGGACGGAAGAUGCACCUCCAGGUCAACCAACCUACACCCCAGGUCAACCUUCACUAUACCCGGACAGCUCGACACGGCGGGUUAAUAAGUCGCGAGGCCCACCGCUUGUCUGUCCGUUUUUAACACGGGUUCCGUCUCUUCGUCUUUGUACAACGGCAGCCCAGAAGGCAAAACUCCAUCCGAACUCUCUUCGACGAUGCAGGUUCCCCUGAUUCGGCUCCAGUGCGGGGCCAAUUCGUAUGAGUGGGGGAAGAAGGGCGGCGAGUCUGCCGUUGCCCGCUUUGCUGCAGCGACUCCCGCUGCCGAUUUCACGAUCCAGGAUGACCGGCCGUACGCAGAGUUAUGGAUGGGCACGCAUCCGUCCAACCCGUCCAAAGACGUGACCACCGGCCGCACGCUGCUCGACCUCGUCCAGGAGAACCAGGCGCUGUUGGCCCCCUCGGUUGCUGCUCGCUACGGCAACAAGGUCCCGUUCCUCUUCAAGGUCCUCUCCAUCAACAAGGCGCUCUCCAUCCAGGCCCACCCCAACAAGAAGCUCGCCGAGCAGCUCCACGCACGCGAUCCCAAAAACUACCCGGAUGACAACCACAAGCCCGAGAUGGCCAUCGCCAUCACUCCGUUUGAAGGCCUCUGCGGCUUUCGCCCCCUGGGGGAGAUAGCCCACUUCUUAGAAUCUGUUUCUGCGCUUCGCCAGCUGGUGGGCGAGGAGCAGGCCAACGAAUUCGUCGAAGUGGCUAAGAACACGAGUGACAGCGACUCCACAGAGGCAGUGGAACGGAACAAGAAGGCCCUGCAAAAGGUAUUCUCCGCGCUGAUGUCAUCGUCUGAAGCCGACAUGGCCGCCGCCGCCAAGGUGCUCGUCGACGACGCUACCAACGCUGGGCCUGACUUCGCAGGAGGCGGUGUCAGUGCCACGCCCGGAUCAGUGCUUGCCGAGUUGGUCCGUCGCCUGCACGGCCAGUUCGGCGCCGACUACGGCCUCUUCGUCCUCUUCUUCCUCAACUACGUCACGCUCCAGCCCGGCGAGGCCCUCUUCCUCCGCGCCGACGACAUUCACGCCUACAUCAGCGGCGACAUCGUCGAGUGCAUGGCGAGCAGCGACAACGUGGUACGAGCAGGCUUCACGCCCAAGUUCAAGGAUGUCGACACCCUCGUCAACAUGCUCACCUACAACUACGCGCCCAUCGACGAGCAGAAGAUGCACCCUGCCGAAUACCCUUACGCAACGCUCAACCGGGCUGCCUACAGCUCCGGCUCGGCCGUUACUCUGUACGACCCGCCGAUCGACGAAUUCAGCGUCGUGCGGGCCGAGCUCAGGGGCAACGCUGCCAAGGCCACUUUCGACCCUCUCGACGGGCCCAGCAUCAUCAUCUGCACGGCCGGCAAGGGCAAGAUCGCCGUCGGCCCGGCGGUGCAGGAGAUCAAGGAGGGAUAUGUCUUCUUCGUCGGCGCCACUGCCGAGUGUGUGCUCGAGUCUGAGGCCGCCAGCGACGAUGAUGAGUUCGUCACGUUCAAGGCGUUCUGUGAGGUUGAGGAUCAGCGCAACGGGACUUCAUAGGACAUAUACCCUGGAGAGCAGAAGAGGAAAUAAAAAGCGCGGCCCCGCGCAAUCUUGAUUGUGGGCGUCAUCGUACCUCCUUGUCCCAUCCUCUCGUCCGCCGAGUCGGGGAUGCCGGGCUGUCUUGUGUUGCGUGUUGUGCGAAUGUCCCCGCCACACUCUUGGUCCCAUCACCGCGCGGAAGCUUCCAUCCUUUGCUCCCAACUGUUCUUGUGCGGCUCGUCCUUGAAUAUCUAGCAGCUGCUCGAGACCAAUCAAAGCGGUUUUUACUCAUGUCCGUGGGAUUGGA